AGCAACACUUGCUAUCACUGCAGAACUCAAGCAUAACCGCCUUAUUUGUGGCCCGCUACCACCUUAGAAAGGAACGGUCUGUUGACUGUCUGGAUAUCCGGACUUCAGGCGGGAGAACCGAGAUGCCUGUUAAUCGAGCUCGAAUGAGAGACAGGAAUAAUGUCCUAAACAGACCGGAGUUUCUGUCGUUAAACCAGCCUCUCCGAGGGGGACCUGAGGCCCGGGGGAGUACAAGGCGUCCUGGGGCUGCGAGGCGCCAUUCGUGCCCAAAUCAGCCGGAGGGCGUGCAGCAGGAACCGGUGGAAGGCACCAAAGACCGGAAGGAACUACCAGAGGAAGACUGUAUGCAGCUCAACCCAUCGUUUGGGGGGAUUGCUAUGAGCUCUCUCCUCGCCAUUGACAUCUGCAUGUCCAAAAGCCUAGGGGUCUGUGCGUAUACCACAUCCUCGUGGGGCAGCAUGCGCUCCAUGGUCAAACUGCUCGCAUUUACCGGCCACGGGAUACCAUGGGUUUUUGGCACCCUCAUUUGUCUUUACAGGAGUAACACAUUGGCUGGACAAGAGGUUCUGGUCAAUCUUCUACUUGCCCUCCUGCUGGAUGUUAUGACUGUUGCUGGGAUGCAGAAACUGGUCAAGCGCAAGGGUCCCUGGGAGAUGGCGCCCAGCUUCUUCGACUACAUGGCGAUGGACGUGUAUUCGUUCCCCGCGGCACAUGCCAGCCGCGCUUCCAUGCUGGUCAAGUUCCUAUUGGCCCAUCUGGUGCUGGCGUUUCCGCUGCGCGUCCUGCUGAUUCUCUGGGCCUUCCUGGUGGGCGUGUCCCGGAUCAUCCUCGGCCGCCACCACCUGUCAGACGUGGGCUGCGGCUUCGCACUGGGGUACCUUCACUACACCCUGGUGGAGAUGGUCUGGUUGCCCUCCUCUACCUGCCAGACUCUUAUCGCCAUGGGAACGCUUAGCUGGAGCCCACUGCUGUAGGCACGCCCACCCAUCUCCCUCCUGCCAGCCAUCUUCCAGCCUCUUACCUCCCAGCCAAUCAGCUCUGAUCUAAUAUCAACAAAGACAACUGGAUCAAAUACAUGAGAUGGUUGAAACAGUAUGUACCCUUGCUCUGCCCGUCCUUCCUCUCACAGUAAAGAAUGCAAAUAUUUACAGUUAUUCAUCCAUCACUAGUUAUAAAUAGGUUAUUUUGAGCUUCAGCAACCUUUCUCUCCAAACAGUAUGCAAUAUAUAAUAGACAUCUUCUUCUCAUCUUUUUACAAAUAUUCUUUGUUUAAUAUUUCUGUUGUUCAAGUAUAAGAGUAUUGGCAUGUUAAUGUAUGACAGUCAGGAAUGAUCAGACUGAUUGGAACCCAACCUUAAUCUAUCAGGGAUUUUGUUUUAGACUUUUACAUGAUUAUCUGUAUUCUAAAUGUCUGAUAUUUUAUAUGUUCAAUGUCUCGGUCUUAAAGAAUUGGGGUUUUGUACCAGCUAUAAAAUUGUUAUUAGUCUACAAAGUUUAUAUUUAUUUCAUAAACUGUUCUUAUGUAAAAUAUAUACUGGCAAAUGAAGUAAUAAAACAGAGACUGGAGUUGAACACAUAUGAGGGAGGUAAAGAAAGAGAUAAAAUAAGACGAGUUUAUGACUGUUAUGAACCAAGCCAGGACAGAGUAUGCAUGUUCUAUCAAGUUAAGAAGCUGCGUGCAUGGUUUUGUACAACAAUGGAAUAAAAAUCUAUUUUCCAGCCUUAA